AUAAAAAGGUUCUUCUAGUCAUUGAUGAUGUAGAUAAUGAGGAUCAAUUAACUAAUUUGGCCGAAAGUCCAGAUUGGUUUGGCAAAGGAAGCAGAAUAAUUUUUACAACAAGAGAUAAGCACUUGCUCACCUCAUUUGAAGUAGAUGAGCAAAGAAUAUAUGAGAUGAAAACCAUGGAGGAAGAUGAAUCUCUUCAACUCUUUUUAAACAAAGCAUUCAACAAAGGCCAUCCUCCUGAUGAGGCUUAUUGGAAGCUAUCUAAAUCUGUAGUUGAACAUGCAGCUGGUCUUCCUUUGGCACUUAAAGUUUUGGGUUCUUUUCUUCACGGAAGGAAAAAAAAUGAGUGGAUAGAUACUUUAGAUAAAUUGAAGAAAAGUUAUCUUGCUAAAGAUAUUUCUCAAGUGCUUAAAAUAAGUUAUGAUGGAUUGGAUGAGCAACAACGGGCAAUAUUUUUAGAUAUUGCUUGUUUUUUCAAGGGUUACAAAAAAAAAAUGUAACUAAAAUAUUGAAAAGGUGUGAUCUUAACCCAACCAUUGGAAUAGGGGUCUUGAUUGACAGAACUUUACUAGUUGAAACAGAUAAUGGCACAUUAGAGAUGCAUGAUUUACUUCAAGAGCUGGGUAGGAAUAUUGUUCAUCAAGAAUCUCCCAAGAAUAUUGGCAAGCGUAGCAGGUUGUGGGAGUUUGAGGAAAUUAAGGAAGUAUUGAAAAAUAACAAGGGAUCUGAAGCAAUAGAAGCUAUUUUUAUGCAAGAUUGGUGUCGGUACGAGCAAGAUAAAAUAGAAGUACAUCCUGAAGCUUUUUCAAAGAUGAGUAACCUUAGGCUCUUCUUAUGUAUGAUAUAUAACAAUCCGUUCAUCUUCCCAAGUGAAUGGAAAUUUUUGGCUGGUGCAUUAAAAGUUGUUGUUUGGCCAUAUUCUCCUUUGGAAGCUCUUCCACUUGAAACUCAAUUGAAUGGACUUGUUGAAAUGGACAUGUCACAUAGCAAAAUAAAACAACUUUGGAACAACAAACAGCAUAUGACAAAGUUGAAAUCUAUCGUAUUGGAAAAGUCUCUCAAUUUGACCGAAACUCCAGACUUCUCAGGUGCUCCAAAUUUAGAACAUUUACAUCUUGGUGGAUGCACAUCUCUUGUCAAGGUUCAUCCCUCCCUUGGACAACUGGGAAAGCUUGUUGAGGUGGACUUGAAUCAUUGUUCAAACCUUGAAAUCCUACCAAAAAAAUUGGAAACAAAUUCUUUGGUGAAGUUAAACCUUAGGGGGUGUAAAAAAGUUGCAAAGCUCCCGGAGUUUGGGGAAGAUAUGGAAAAACUAUCAUAUCUUGAUGUGGGUACUGCUUCUAUAACUAGACUUCCUGAAACAGUUGGAUCCUUGACAGGUCUUGAAUAUUUAAAUUUGAGUGGCUGUAAAAUUGAAAAUCUUGACAAGUUGUUGAAGACUCACAUAACUCACCAAAUUUCCGGCUUGAAUGUAACGUCCUUAACAGAGUUAUAUUUAAGCGGGUGUGGCUUAGAUGAUGGAUCGAUUCCUGAUUUUGACAGUUUAUCAUCGCUCAUUGUAUUGGAUCUAAGCGUUAAUGAUUUUGAGAAUCUACCCAUUGGUUGCUUCUCUGGUCUUUCUCGACUUGUCUUCCUUUCAUUGAAUUGCUGCAAAAGGCUCAAGUCAUUGCCAAGGCUCCCAUCACGAUUAAUUCGAUUACAUGCCUCCGGUUGUGAUUCAAUGGAACCAUUAUCAUCAGAUGGACAGUUAUGGAAUUUGGUUGCUUCACUUGACCACGAGUGUCGUUGGCGAACUGAAUGUGAAGUCGAUGAUGAUUGGGAUGAAGAUGGGCUGCAAGAAGUUCCUUCUGUGCUAUUCCAUUAUGGAGCUGAACGGCUUCCCCCGCUAAGAGAUUUCUGUGCAAGUCUUCCAGGAUGCGAAAUACCAUCAUGGUUUCCACAUAUAGAAGAUUGCCAUUUGGAUGAGUGGGGUAGCAAACAUGAGAUUAAAGUGGACAUACCUCCAUAUUUUCGUGACAGUGAAUGGUGCGGAAUUGUUGUGUGCUUCCGUAUGUCAGGUUACGGUGAUGGUGAUUGGAACGUUGGUUGGAGUAGCAAAGCUGCAGAAGAUGAUGAUGAUUAUAUACUCGAAGUGUGGGAGUGUGAUAUUCCUUACUCCCUUUCCGAAAAGCAGGGCAUAAUAAUGGUGUUGGAAUUAAAUGAGGAAACAUGUUGGCGGCACCUAAGAGCUCAUCAUAGCAAUUCCCUUCGCAUUCUAUUUUCUGCUGACCAUUCGGGUCACGAUUGGGAAGUAAAGGAAUGUGGGUGGAGUGUGAUAUGUAAAGAAGAGAUACAAGAUUGGUGCAAUCUCAAUGGUUUCUUCAACCAAGCCACCCAACCCCAGCUUGCUUCUUCUGAUGAGGUCAAGGUUCCGCUGAGAGCACUUGUGGAAUUCUUUUUAGGGGAGCGGUGUUUGACUCGCUGA